CUAUUUGGUUUCAUAGCCUGACGGUCGUUCUGUAUUUGUCUCUUUUCAACUCGUAGCGAAGUCCAUAAGCGUCUGGGCACGCGUAGUGAUCAAUAUGUCCACGUGAUCUGUCGUCAGUCUACUCGCGUAAUUGCAAAUGCAAAAUGUAUAGGAAGGAAACGUUUUGUGUUACAAUGAAAUCAUAAAUAUUUUGUGUUAUAAGUUGUAGUGUUGUAGAUAUAAAAUGCCCGCGUCUAUUGGCGUGAAUUUGCGCGUGACGGGACAUUGUAGCCAAGGCGGGAGAAAGUAUAUGGAAGACUUGUUUUCCGUUGCUUAUCAACAAACUGAGGAUGAGAGGGACUUGGAGUACGCGUUCUUCGGAAUUUACGAUGGCCACGGAGGAAGCGAAGCGGCGGCGUUUGCUAAGGAGCAUUUGAUGGACUCUAUAGUGAAGCAGAGACAGUUUUGGUCAGACAACGACGAGGAUGUUCUGAAAGCAAUACGAAAUGGUUACAUGCUGACCCACUUGAACAUGUGGAAAGAGUUAGGUAAACAUAACAAGUUUUAUGUAUCUUCAUUUGAGCUGGAUAGACGAUGGGCAAAGCAGAGGAUAAAUAAGAGUUGAGAGUGAUUGUACGAAA